AUGUCAUUAGUGGAGAAGGUUGAAUAUGUGUUUGCUGAAAACGACCAGGUCGCAUACAAAGCUGGCAAACUGCUGUCGAGUAUACAAGCUCAUCUUGGGGAAGAACUUCUGCAGGACUUUAUCAACUUCUGUUUGAAUUACAUGUCAAAGAUAAAACUGCCCAAGAAAAGAGGGACUUUCAUCGAGUUCCGAAACGGAAUGCUGAACGUGUCGCCGGUGGGGCGGAGCUGCAGUCAGGAAGAACGAAUGGAGUUCUUUGAGCUGGAUAAAAAGGCGCAUAUCCGAGAUAAAUUUGUAGCUGCUCUCAGGAACAAGUUUGACGGACGAGGACAGAUCAGCUUUGACAUGUUCCCGGAGGGCUUGGAUAAGAGGUACUGCCUGGGCAUCCUGGAAAAGGAUGCGUACGAGAAGAUCCACUUCUUUGGAGAUAAAACCGUGCCGGCAUGCCGCUGUUGGGCUAAUGACUAUGAGAUCUACGCAGACCCCAGGACAACAGGACAUGAGGUCUCCUCUCCAGAGGACAGCCAGCGCCUCUGUGAGGAGCUCUUCUUCCGGUGA